UUACACUUUCUUUACCAUCGUAGUAAAGACAUAGGGCGCACUACUCGCUUGGGUCAAAAGCAGGCAUCUCGCAUCAUAAAAACAAAGAAAAUCGUAAAAAAAGAGACUUUACAACAGGGAACAAAAACAUCCAGCUUGAUUAUCCCUCUCAACUUACCCCCCACAACACCCUUCUAAAAAACUUUAAAAAAAGAAGAUGCCUGCCCCCAUCGAAGUGUCUUAUAGCCGACGUCUAAGCUAUGUCAAAUACAACGAUUUGAACUUGGAUUUGCAGACAAGUUCUUUUGGACGAGAAGAUGGCUUGGAUAACUUUCCGUCACAAGACCUCGAGACAACAUUCUGUCGAAAUUUCUCAUGCUGUGGUUUAGUUUUACAAGACUUACAUGACCUUCUUCAGCAUUAUGAAGAAUCGCAUGUUCGAUUUGAAGAUGAUGAUAGCUCAGCCUUGUACUCAGAUUCAUGGUCCAACUCCGACUCGAGUGCUCCCAAUAGUCCACAGCUGUUGAGUCGUCAACUUUCCAUGGAAGCUGUCAAGAAGCGAGAUGCAGAUGACCUUACAUCGGAUGAUGACAUGGCUGCAUUUGAUACCUCUGUACUGCGGAACAACGAUGAAGUGGUUGCUCAACUUUCGCCUUCCAAAAAGCUCAAACUGUCCAUCCCUACUUCUUCGUUCGCCGACGUGCCCACUGUGGCCUUAUCGGACGAAGAUUUUCUUGCUCAAGCCAAUGCCUUGUUUGCUUCUGCUGCCAAUCAAUCAAAUAUUGAUAAACCAUACAAGUGCCCAGUUCAAGGAUGUGAUAAGGCUUACAAGAACCCAAAUGGUCUCAAGUACCAUAAUCAACAUGGUCAUUGUAAUGUUAUCACUGAAGAGAGUGAGCAGCUGAGCUCCAAGCCCUAUCAGUGUACCAUCGGUGAAUGUGGCAAGCGAUACAAAAAUCUGAAUGGUUUGAAGUAUCAUAUUGAACAUUCCCAUAUGGCAGCUCUGAACAGUACGCUUGCUGCCGCAGCAGCUGUUAGCUUUGGCCCAUCUCCUCUCAUCACUCCAGAGACUUCUCCCCUCAUGUCUUCUCUGUCUUCCAUGAACUGAGUUUCAUAUCCGUAUAUCAUUAUUGCUUGGCUCCCACAGCAAGGUUUUUUUUUUCUAUCUACCGUAUUUUUUCUUUUAUUCCCUCUCCCCCCAUUUCUACUUCGUCGAUAUGUACAUUUCAUUUCAUUCAUACUCAUCCGCUUAUCCCAUCCGACCGACCCGAAAAGUCCCCCAACCAGACAUAGUUACUUCGCUCCUACUUUUCAUCAACUUCUCCGCGUCCCCUCCCCCCCCCAAAAGCAUGGACUAGCCC